AUGGCUCCUCGGGGGUUGUGUCAUGGCUGUUGGGAUGAGGGACAUGCAUGGCAGCGAUGUCCUCAUCGACCUAAGGGAGGCAUUCCGGCAUUCUUAAAGCGGGGGGGUCGUGGGUCCAACGGCAAGGCACAGGUGGCGGAUGAGGAGGAGCAGGAUGACAAGGCAGAGGCAGUGGUUGGAGAAGCAGUUGCAGCAGUGGGAGAGGAGCAGCUGCGAGAGGGGUGGUGGAUUGACAGUGGGGCCAGCCACAACUUUACUCCUUAUGCAUCGGACUUCAAAAGUAAGCUUCAACCACCAGAGGUUCGGGGAGUUAGAUUGGGAGAUGGACGGGUGGUGAAAGCUGUUGGCAUGGGUGAGGUGCCAGUGGUUGGUGCUGGAGGUCAGCUGCUGAGGAUUCAAAAGGUCCACCUUGUGCCUGAGAUGCACACGCGUCUGCUGUCAGUCCCACACCUCACCUCUCGAGAUGUCAUUGUCACAUUCAAAGGCAAGAGAUGUGUCCUUCAACGGGGGGAGCGGGUGUUGGCGAUUGGAGAAAAGGAGAGGGGAAGGGACCAUGGAUUGGGGCCGGUGCGCACACCAUCACUGGGAGGAGCGGUGUAUGUCCUCAGUCUCAUUGACGACUUCACCAGACGAGUUUGGUCGUUCCCCCUCCCCAACAAGGAAUCGGCCAUAGUUGCAAAAGUCCUUCGCCAGUGGCAUAAGGACGUGGAGUUGGAGUGUGGGCGGAAGCUGAAGGCUGUUCGUUCGGACAGGGGUGGCGAGUUCUUGGGGGAAGCUGUAAAAGCAUGGAAGGCGGAGUUUGGCAUUAAAACUCAAUUGAGCGUCGCAGAUACACCGCAACAGAAUGGGGUUGUGGAGAGGUGGCACAGGACGAUGGCAGAGGGGAUUCGCACAUUGUUGGUCGACAGUGGUCUCCCUGCUCGCUUGUGGGGUGAAGCAUUGAUGUGGGUCGUGUGGGUUAAGAACAGGGUCACCCACAGUGCUUUGCCUGCCUCCAUCACACCAAUGGAGGCGUGGUCCGGCCAGAAGCCGCAUGUGGGCAUGGCUCGGAUUUGGGGUUGCAUGGGGAGUGUCAUGUUGCAUGGGCAUGAGAAGGGUGGCAAGCUUGAUGCACGGGCUGUCAUGUGUGUCUGUGUUGGGGUGGACAUGGAGAGCAAGGGUUGGCGCAUGCUGGACCCUUCUAUCAUGCGCAUUCGCAUUGCUCGGGAUGUUGAUUUCCUUGAGAAUGUGAUGUGGAAGGAUUGGGACAAGGCAAAGGAAUUUGGGGAGCUUCUGCAGGAUGCAGCUGCAAUUUCCCAACUCCUCCCUCUUCCACUUUCGCCACCUUCAGCAACGGCUGACGACAUUGAGAUGCCACUUUCACCACUGCCACCGGCACCGCUGAGUGUGUCGGUGCAGCAGCAGCCCACCCCUCUGCAGCAGCUCAGUGGCCCCUCGGUCAUUCAGCGGAGAUCCGCUACACAGGCUACUUCCUCUUCCUCCUCCUCUGGUCAGCGCUCUAUCCCUCUCUCUACGGGUGCCCCUCCGUCACCAGCGACUACCUCCCCACCACCGGUUACGGGUUUGCAGGUGCUUGGUAUCCAGUCUGGUACAGGUGGUGAGGAGGUAGGGGGGGAUGCUGGUGUGGUUGAGGGCAUGCUAUGUUUGGCCAGGGAGGUGGAAGGUGUUGCACUGGCAGGUGUGAGCACAGGUCAAGGAGGUGCUUGCUCAGAGGUACCAGAUGAAGGAUCUAGCUUGCAGCUGCAUGAGAACCUGGAGCGCAUCGGCAUGCGAGUGAUUGCUGCGAAGGCCAAGGCUUCAUUCGCUGGAGGGGUUGUAUUUUGA